AGAAACUGAUUCGCAAGGUGUUGUCAUUUUGUUGGUCAUUAGUAGAAACUGAUUAUUUUGAUGAGCGCACUGUCUGGUAAACUAUUUCGCUAAUUUUCUUUUUAAACUAGCGUUGAUUGCAGUGACUGUUGUUAAAUUUGUUAGGUCUGUUAGCCAGCUAGAUUAGCGAGAUAUAGCCAAUAAAGACAGCUUUGCUUGCCAGAAAUCUGUAAGGCAAUCAGGAACGGCUCGUAGGCAUUUCCAUUUUGUUUGACAACAACGAGGUGAUCAUUGUGUUGCAAAGCUGAAUGCUUGGUCAGCAUACUGGCUACAUUUGGUACAGCGUCAGAGACUGUGCUAGGGUUACCUUGCUAAUUGCGGCGUGAUUAGCAUGGACGAUAGGAGCCUUCCACAGGAGCUCAAGCGCUGGGCGAUCGAGGAGUUCGGCUUACAGCCCAAACACCUCCCGCACGACACCUACUUCAAGACGUUAUGUCUUGGACAAGGCGCCUCUAUAUGGAAGUAUGUCACGCAGCACGUUUACCAUCAAAGGAAUGUGAGCGUUAUGCGUGGGAACCUGCAGUGGUACAAGAUGCUGCAGGAUACUGAGGUGCGGCAGGCGGAGGGGCAGAGUGAGGCCGCCAGGCGGCAGGGUUUGCAGACGGAGAUUGAGGAGGUGAGAGCAGAAGUCUGUCAGCUGGACUCUCAGAUCAGCGCGGCCGAGGAGCAGCUGGCUGCCGAGGACCGGCUGCUGAGGCGUAGCUGGGGGGAGGCAGAGGACAGCGGCCACAGAGAGCUGCUGCUGCAGGCCCUCGGGCAGCGCUGCAGAGAGGAGAAACACACUCUCACCCAGGACCAGCACAGGGCCAGCGGGCACUGCCAGACCCUGAGCCACCUCUGCAGGAAGGCAGAGGUGGAGCUGGUGUUUGGGGUUGAGGCCUCUGACAGCAGCGGUGACUGCCUGGCUCUGUCUGGCCCUGAGCCGCAGGUCCUACGAGACGUGAGGAAUGUGUGUGAGGACAGAGUCCUCUUCUUCCAGUCCCUGCAGGAGAGCGAGCUGAAGACCUUGCAGUCCAGCAGCUCACUCCUAUCCCGCGAGCAGAGGAGUGUUGUGUUCCAGCAUUGGCUCAGUGCUGUGGAGGACCUGCUUCGCGCUCACCCCCCUGGCCACGUCCUGUCUGCCCUGCAGUACCUGGCCUCCCGCCAGCAGGUAGCACUGCAGGAGCGCCUCUCCUCCCUGGAUGUGGAGCGAGAGGUCGCUGCACUCCGGUUUCGGUACGAGAGUAACCACUUGGAGGACAUUUCCAGGAAAGAGGAGGAGUUGCCUUCUGUCAAGUCUCUCUUACAGUCGGGCUGGGAGGAGGUGGAACGCAGCCUGAUGGAGCUGGCUCACAUGCAGUCCCGGGUUCAACAGCACAAACAGCAGCUGAAUACCCACAGGAAGGAGGCAGAUUUUCACCUGUGUGGGAGUGAAGCCCAGAUCGAGACCCUAGCCAGGUCGGUGUUUGAGCUGGAGCUGCAGUGCGUGGUUAAGGCUGCAGUGAGGACCAGUGUGCAGGGUCAGUGUGUGCAGCUAGCGCAGCAGGCUAAGGACAGGCAGGAGGCACUGCGGAACCUGCGCAGCCAGUGGCAAAGCAUCAUGGACUUCCGGCAGCUUGUGGACAGAAAGCAGGAACAGAUCCGUGCGCUCAUCAAGGCCAACUCAAACGCCAAGACUGAGCUCUCCCGUGUGCAUGCUGAGAUCAGGCAGUUUGUGCAGGGGACGCUGGGUCCUGGGUGCUGGGGGGUGCUGGAGGCUGCGAGGGCACUACGCAGCUCGGUGACACAGGAGGUCAGACUCGCGGGGGCUGUGUCUGUGGCCGCCCUUAACCGCAGGCUCAUGGAUGGUGGGCAGCGAGUUCCAGCUGAACGGCUCUCCAUGCACCGCCUGCACUCCCCAGCCUUCCAGAGCCUGUGCCAGAGCCUGGCCUUUCCAGCGUACCAGGCGACGGAGCAGCUUGCCAUGCAGGCAGUGUCCCGGCAGGAGGAGCUCCUCUUCCUGCGUCGGCUGCAGGCCAACCUGCACCACCAGGGGGCGCUGCUGCCAGCCCCGGACCUGCAGGCCCUGCUGCAGCGGAUACGGGAGGUGGACCACGAGCUUCUGCAGUCUCUGCUGCCACGGGUUCGCCAGCUCAGUGAGCGUGCCUCCCAGGGGCUGCUGUUCGGGUCCCAGGCCAAGAGCGCUAUCGCUCACUGGUGGGAGCAGCCGGCACAGCGUGCCCUGCCUGAGCUGCAGAGGGGCGGGCUGACGCUGCAGCAGUGGCUCCAUCGCUGGAGGCUGGCAGCCAAGGCCCUCGAGUGAGACGCACGGAGCCC